AUGGUUACAAUUAUAAAGAACCAGCUAUUAAAACAUCUAUCUAGGUAUACUAAAAACUUAUCGCCUGAACAAAUAUCAUUAUCAGCACUCCGAGGGUCUGGGGAACUGCAGGAUUUGACUUUAGAUGAAGAUUUAUUGACUGAUUUACUGGAACUACCUGGGUGGGUGCGCUUAACAUCAGCAAAGUGUAAUAGAGCAUCAUUUAGAAUACAAUGGACAAAGCUGAAGACAGUGCCCAUAGUUCUGAACUUGGACGAAGUGCACAUAGCGUUGGAAGUAUGCGCGGAACCUCGCGUUAUGAAUCCAAAUGCCGCAGCGGCUAUGCCAGUACCUGGGAAGUAUAGCUACAUACAUAAGGUGAUAGACGGUAUCUCAGUGGCUGUGAAUCAUGUUCAAAUAGAUUUUAAUUGCGAUGCUUUCACCAGUAGUGUUCAGAUCUCAAGAGUGACUGUUGAGUCUCGUACACCAGAUGGCAGGAAGGGAGACUUAAGACUGACUAGAAUCAAAUCACCAGAUACAGGACAGCUGCUUAUCUUUAAGGAAUUAGAAUGGCAGAGUGCCCGGAUAGAAGCGAAAGCGCAUGGGGCGGCGGCAGCUAAUCUACCACCUUUACGACUGCUUUUGGGAACCACACACUGCCGGAUUGUCAUAAAGAAGAGAUUAGCUGAUUGUGCUGUACUAGGAUCGCGAUUAGUGCUUCGCCCUGAGCCGUUGGCGUGGGCGCUGACCGAUGGACAGCUACGAGCAGCGCUCGCGUGUGCGGCAGCUUUAGCUGGGCCAGUACAUAAAGCAACACAGCUCGCUACCAGGACUAAAGCUGCUAAGAAGAUUGAAGAGCCAGUACAGCAAAUCGCGACCCGUUCCAGUUCAAGCGAGAAAGACAUCCUGGCGCGAAUGUUUGCGAGAUACGACGUCCGCGAAACCUCGUAUCAUCUUUUAGCGCCCAGGAUAGACCUGCAUCUAUGUGAUGACCCUGGAUUGGGUAGAUCAGAAAUGCCACAGUUAGCGAACGGUGGUGCCCUCCAAGUGACCUUAGUCAGUAUGCAGGCUGAUCUGUUUCCAUACCACAAGGCUUCUGACGAUAGACGGCAUUGGAGAGGCUAUCGAGAGGCCGCCACGCCCCACAGCCAGUGGCUGUCGCAGGCGCUGUCUUCCUUCUGCGGGUCAUUACUCGAUUUGCUAGAUCCCAGGCCCCUCACACCCAGUGCUAAGCCAAACAGUAAUUCCGAGAGAAGUGAAGAGUCUCUACCGAAUGGUGUAAGUCACAAACAAAGUGCACCUCAAACUGCCGCUCCUACUGCUCCGUCCACACAAACUACCUCACAAGCAUCACCGACAAGAACAAGAAUACUUCAACAACUAGGAAAGCUGAUGACUACUUGUUUAGUUUUAAGGAUAGAUGAUUUCACGGUUUAUAAGGUAUCAACGGGAUCCAAGGCUCGCGAGGCGCCUCGUCCCCUGGUUAGUGCCGAGAAAGCUACAUUACCUGGUGACGCGGGUUUACUCCACGCAGAGCUUACUUUCUUUUACUACCCCGGCGAUGUAUGCUUCCCUGUGCCAUCACCAAAACUCUACGUGCAAGUGUCGCCAGUAAGGGUAAACGUAGAUGUUCCGAGUGUGGUGUGGCUGGCUGCGUUCUUGCCGCAUGUAGCAGCAGCUAUAGCCACUGAGAGCACGAAUGAUUCCUCGUCGUAUAUGGACGUACGCACUGAGUGUAUCAUGCCUAAGAUAGUUUUGGAAGCGGGACCGGAACAUAUAUCGCAACAGCGCGACAGACCGAAAGAACUUCAAGUUUGUACAGCGCGAGCGACUUUCACAAACGUACGCGAGUCUGCAAGAUCUAACACUGCAGGCACUAGAGCGGAUUUAGCCUCAAUUAUUUCAACAUUACGUCGUCUUGCACCGAGGGGACAAUUUCCCUGUUCUGGUGACGAUAUGGACCCCAUACACCAGCAGUUCGUUCUACACGCUGACAGUCUAGACGAUAUAGAUCGCGGCAGUGCAGUCACUCCGGAGUUGUUGUGGCGGGAGAACAGAUCUAUCUGGUGCGCAAGAGUCGAACCGCUUUGGAUCGAUUUCUGUGGCGCACGGGCUACUAACUAUAAACCUUCUCCGCUUUUAGAUGCUACACCAUUAACUGCUUGGAUGUGUUUCGAAGACGGCUUCAAUAAAAUCUGGGUGAUCGGGCGAACGUGUGGUCUAACUGGGUUGCAGAUCAACCAUUAUCAAUUGCUUUUCCUAUUGAGGCAGUUGGAGAAACUGUCAGAGCUUACCGCUUGGUUGUCCCAUCAAGCUGGCAGGAUGCCAGAAGAGCCGGGUACAAUAGUGGCGGGAAUAGUAGUCCCAGCAGUAGAAGUAACGCUGGUGCUCCCAACCCACUGUCCCGGUCAAGAAUCUUCAAGAGACCUGGACAGUGUGCCGUUGGAUUCCUCCAGUUUGCAGGACUUGAAAAUGGGCACCUCCCUAGGUUCAGAAUCAACGAUGGCUCCAUCAAUGCUGGAUCGAGACAGUGGAGUGCUGGCCACGCAUUCGAUGCCAGAAUGUGGGUACCCACUUUCGCAGUCCAUAGAAGUUUGUUCAGCGCUACCCCUUCCUGCUGAAGAGUUACCACCGCCCAGUCCUGGGUUAGGAUUUUCCAGUUUUUCAUCAAUGCGCCGUGGACUUACAUCGCUAGUGACGUCAAUAGACAGCGCGCUGACGCGUGAUGAGGGGAGAAGUGACGCAGCCUCGACAGCCAGUUCUGACAGUGAAAGAUACGUCGUGGUGGGGUUGGCUGCAGAAUCGCCGUUGGACGCAGAUAUGGCUUUUAGGGAGUUCGAACAAGGUCGAACCUGCAACAGUGGUGUCGAAAUGGCAGCUGAAGUGGUGGAGCGAUCUUCUUCCCCAUCAGAUCACUCCAUUACCAGUUCUUGUAAACGACGAGAUUUGAUUUCAACGUGCACGUGGCGUUUAAACAACAUCUACCUAGUGCAACAGAGUGUACCAGGAAAAUCUACCUUAAGACUAACAGCGGACGACCUAAAGUCCGAUGAAUGUGCUUCGAUACCUUGGGAUGAAUUUCAGAGUAAAUUCUCAAUGCGUGCUCGGGCGUGGAACGAGCCCGCAGUUAGCGAUGAAGAUACGAAGUUAAGAGACUUACCUCGCGUUGCAGCAAGGCUUGUGAGGAUAGAAUUACCAAAGGAACUGAAUGAAAAGGGCGAACCAACGGGCUUGGCACCUUUCGAAGAGCUGCUUGAAGCUCAAAUUCGUGACUUGAACAUGUCAUUGAAUAUGAGCACAGCACUCGCUCUAUCCGAAUUCAUUGAGGACGAAGUAAUUGUGCCUCCUAUGCCGCUAGAGGUACUCAUAUCGAAUCUGAAACUUCACCUAGUGGAAGAUAGACCAACUCGCUCCAUCUCGUCUCCACCACCUCAGCCAUUAGAUUUAGACCUUACCACAUUACGUCUGACCCGGGACGCAAAGGGCAUUGUCCAUUUAGGCCCACCGGUUAUUGAGACUUCACGCCCCCAGAGUCCGCCAGAACUUAAGGACGCCAGGCAAGAGAUAGACAGGCUGAACAGAGAAAACGAAGAGUUGAGAAAGCGAAUGGCCACGAUGGAUAGGAUCGCAGAAGACAAUAGGGAGUUGAGAGCAAUCGCAGGAGAAGCUACAGUUUUACGUCAAUGCGCGCACGCAGCUCAACAAGAAGCUGCGAAUCUAUUAGCUGACAAACAGGAGCUUUUGGAAGCCCUGCGAUUAAUGAAGGAACAACUAUCGCUGACGUCCCGCGGGAAAAGGUAG